AUGCACGGGCACUCCUCAGCCGCUGGGCAGUUGAUGGGACUCCCCGCAGAGGAGCAGGGGGCAGCGCUAGUUGGGGAGGCUCGGGCCCCAUGGAAGAGGAAACACCAACUCCAAACUUGGAACUCCUUGUUGAGUUUUGACAGGAUGAGGGAUGGAACUCAGAUUAAAGAUCUGGAGGGUGGAGCAGAGAUUCAGAUCUUUGAUUCCAGAAUAGUGAUUGGCAGGGGGAAUGGUGCCUCUGAAACAAGCAGGGGAAGCUGCUGUUCCACAAGGGGCACGAAGUGGGUGUUUACGUCCAGGCUUACCUUGGAGGAGGAGGAGGAGGAGGAGCCAGUUGCGAUGGCAGCCUCCUUCCCCUAUGGGAUGCUCAGAGCAGGCGUGUACCCUGUAGAUGUUUUGGAAGAUGACCCUGACACAUAUCAGGAAGCAGCUCUGGCUUACUAUGCUUCACUUAGGGAAGGAGCUGGGGCCUCAUCUGGGGUUUUCUGUCUUCCCACUGGGGAGAAGGUGAAACUUGAAGCUUCAUAUGUCUGUUUUUGCAUGGUACACCUUGAUGAACCUCAACGUAAGAUACCGGUUUUGGUUAAUUCCCAGGACGCAAAGACAGUUGUGGCUGUUUACAUAAAGGGAUCCUUGUGGUCCACGGAAGAUGCACUAGGAACCUCUGAUCCUGCAAGAGAAGGGUUGAUGAAGGUUCAGUCAUUUGGGGAAAGGAUUGUGCUUUUCAUUCUAAACGUCAUUAUUUUUGGAAGACUGGAGAGAAAUUUGGAUGAUGAUGACAUGUUUUUUCUACCUCACUCUGUGAAGGAACAAGCUAAAAUCCUGUGGAGACGUGGAGCGGCUGUUGGGUUUUACACAACCAAGAUGAAAGGCAGCCUGUGUGGUGAUGGCACUGGUGCAUGCUACCUGCUGCCCGUCUUUGACACUGUGUUCAUCAGGAGGAAACACUGGCGCCAAGGCUUGGGAACAGCCAUGCUGUGGGACUUCUGUGAGACAUUCCCAGAGGACGAGGCCCUGGGGGUCAGCUGCCUGAUGUCUCCUGCCAUGUACCAAGUCUGUAGGCAGUUCCUGCUGGUCUGUCCGAAGGAGCGAGGGCGCCUGUGGGAGGUGGAGCCCCUGGGGGCCUGGGGCCAGCACACCAACGUCUGGCUCAAGGUUCAACUUUACCAGGCAAAGCUUCCAGACUGGCCCGCAGUCAGGAUUUUAAUUCACUCAGGAAGGUUUUCAGCCAACCGGCUUCAACUUGCAACCAUUAUGACAGUUAGUGCUGACAUCUCAGGUUUUUUUCAAGUUGGCAGCUUCCUAGAUGACUCGGCUGUGGGCUUCUUGUGGCAGCGGGGCCUUGGUCUAGGCUCAGAAUCUCUGGGCUAUCAUGGGAGGGGGGUGUUGCGAGGAGAGGCCUUUGAUAACUUGGUGGGACUUCACCGGAACCACAGGGAUGUUUUACUGAAUGUACCUCUUUCCUUACAGAAGUUUAAAGAUGCUCAGGAAGGGGCCACAACCAUUCCAUCUGGGCUGUAG